CUCAUUUAUAUAGGGUACAGACAGACAGCUGGGCAAUGGUGAGGGCCUGGUAUCACCCGUGUUCAAGAUCUGGGACGAUUCAAUAUUUUCAAUCUAGAACGGUCUCCUCAUCUUCAGUGGAGCCACUGCUCAUCAUAUCAGGAUGGACAGCUUCGAGAAACAGCUUAUUUGUCCCAUUUGUCUGGAAAUGUUUACGAAACCUGUUGUGAUUCUUCCAUGUCAACACAAUCUUUGCCGGAAAUGUGCUAAUGACAUUUUCCAGGCCUCAAAUCCAUACCUUCCUACCAGAGGAGGCACAGUGACAUCGGGUGGCCGUUUCAGGUGUCCAUCAUGCAGGCAUGAAGUUGUGCUGAACCGUCAUGGGGUCUUUGGUCUGCAGAGAAACCUUCUUGUGGAAAAUAUCAUUGACAUGUACAAACAGGAGUACAUCAGCAGCCGACCCUCUCCUGAGAGGAAGGUUGACCAACCAAUGUGUGAGGUCCAUGAAGAUGAGAAGAUCAACAUAUACUGCCUGACCUGCGGUGUCCCCACCUGUUCUAUGUGUAAAGUGUUUGGUGCUCACAAGAUCUGUGAAGUGGCCCCCCUUAACAGUAUAUACCAGAUGCAAAAGACAGAGCUCACGGGUGGAAUAGCAAUGAUGGUCGGCAAUAAUGACAGGAUCCAAGGCAUCAUCAGUCAGUUGGAGGAGACCUGCAGGACCAUAGAGGAAAAUGGCAGACGACAAAAGUCCCAGGUGUGUGAAAAGUUUGACCAAUUGUAUGCCAUCCUGGAGGAGAGGAAGAGAGAGAUGAACCUGAAAGUGGCAGCAGAACAGGAUGAGAAAGUUAACUAUAUCCGUGGCCUCACAAGGAAUUACGGAGAUCAUCUAGAAUCCAUGACCAAAAUCAUGGAGACAGGAAUCCAAAUGUUGGAGGAGCCUGAGAUGGCUGUAUUCUUGCAGAAUUCCAAAUCCCUCUUGCAAAAGAUUGCAGAGGCAUCGAAUGCCUCCCACCUGGAGAGAGUGGAGUGUGGCUAUGAGAGCAUGGAUCAUUUCUCUGUGAGCUUCAAAAGAGAGGUCAGGGCCCUGUGCAAUAUUGCCUUCACCAGAGAUGACGAGGAAGAGGAGGAUGAAGAUGACAUGGGCGUUGAUACGGAAGGCCGGGCAGAGCAGACAUCCUCGGGAGGAGCAGAUACAGUGAACCUGUUGAACGAACCCCUUCCACCCCUCAUGCCGCCACAAAUACAGAGCAAACACAAACCCGCCACAUCAUCCUAAAUUCACAAAGUCUACAUACCCCCUUCAUACACAAAACCUUCUGUUUACAGCCAGAUAUAAAACUUAUGAUUGCCUGUACGGCUGUGGACACUUUUAAGAGAACUGGACUAUGACACAUAGCUGAAUUUAAGAAGCUAUACUGUUUUACAGUUACAGCUUAAAAAAGUCACUUGAUGACUAAAUAUAAACGUAGAUGACUUAAGAAACACUUCCAAGAUUUGUGGUGUUGUUUACUGCGUAGGGAGUGUUCGUGUGGUAUAUUCAUUGCAGUUGGCACGGCAAAGUUAUUUGAGUUAUGAAUGAUACGAAUCACUUUAAAUGUUCUUUGGAUUUCAUAUAAAUAUCACAGACAAAUAAAGGUUUACUUGUGUUGGUUCCAGUCCCAAAACAGUAACCUUCAUGUAAUGGCAACUGGAGAUAGCCUAUAUAGGUAGUGUAAUAAUUUGUAAUGGGUUCAAUUUAAAAUCAUAUAAUCUAGUUCAUUUCAUUUGGAUUUAAAUCACUCAUGUAUCCCAUCGUUGCCUAAUCUACUCUGAGAAACAUUUGUGGCAGUGUGGAAGUAAUCUCCCUAUUGCAGUGACUCUCUGCUCUGUAAACAAGUCUUGUUCGCACUUCUCGGUGGUCGAGCUGAAAUAACGAUGCCAUGGCAUUGCGUAAUCCAUAUAUUCUGACCCAGUGGAGGGUGAUCAGUGACAGGAUGUACUUCAGCGACUGGAUUCACAUGGAGCACAGCUAUGAUGAACUUAAUGAGGCCCAAGAAUCAAAGCCCGAACACAACAGUCAUUUCAACAUGUGUGGCUUUAACCUUCUACAAUUGGCGGACCAUAUUAAAAUAGUGGUUAAAGUGAACUGAAAUGUUCUGAGUUUCUUGUUAACUCAUAAAGAUUUGCGUUUGUCUCAUUAGAAAGUUAUUGAUUGUUUUCAGAUGUGCUUUGCCCAAUACAUUUAGGGCAUGGUUCAGUUAAACUCUGCACCCAAGACUUGACUGUAAAAGAUCUCCAGUUGCUGUAUAGGUACAAUGAGUCACUUACCAGUUAAUUGGUUUUGUGUUAACCAGGUUAAAUUCAUGCAAGGUGUGCAUUCUGCAACUGACAAUCAAUCAUCUUUUCAUAGCAGCAGGCAAGUCCACAGUUACUUGAUGUUAAUUUACCUAACACUUUGCCAAACAAGAGUGAAUCAUUUAUUGGGAGAGGUGCAGCCACUUCCAGUAAUGGAUUCAGUGUGCUGGGUGUAAUUGGAUUACAAAGUAAUUUGUUACCGUAAUCAAAUUACUCUUAAGCACCAAAUGUAGUGUAACAUUACAUUAUAAAUCUUGAAAUUAGAUUAUAGUUACUGACUUUCAAUGAAAGUAUUAAUUUUAAGUACAUUACUUGAGUUACAAAUAUAUCUAAAAAAAAAUACAUGUAUUUGUAAUACAGUUAAAAUGUGAAUUAAUAUGUUCAUAUGUAUGUUUGCGUUUCUGUAACAGCUGAAGGGUGUGCGACAAUGAAGGAGAAAAUAGACAUGAUUUGAAUUUAUUGAGCGAAAAAAAAAGUGUUUUAGAAAGUAACUUAAAAUUAAAGUAAUUAGUGAGGUGAUUACUUUUUCAAAGAAGUAAUCAUUAAAGUAUUCUGAUUACAAUUUUAGAGAAGUAGUUAGCAUUUGUAGUGGAUUACUUUAUUGGUAAUUUACUGGUCCUUCAAAUCUGUGUCAAAAGGCAAGUGGUAUUCAAAGUGUACUUUGAGGUAUAUGUUUAAGAGGCUUGUUUUUAAAUUACUUUUUUAAUAAGUGAACAUUUAUUUUCAGUAUAUAAUCAAGUUUUCUGCUGCUACACACUUUCAAAUACUGGUAACACUUUACA